CUCUUAUUCAUAGGAGCCAAUUAUCUUAUCUGAUAACAAGAGGCUCCAAGCUUCUCGCAGUGGUCACCUCAGCCUCUCCUUUUUCACACCACCAAAUCCAACAUCCAAAACAAAAAGGAGAGAAAAAGAAAAAGAAAAGAAAAACCUUCUUCUCAGAUCCCUCGCACUUUUUCUUCAUCUUCCCAGUCAAACAACAAUGGCGCCACUGCCGCCACAAGCUAUGCCCUCGCCCUUGCCGACAUCGCCAAAUCCAACGACACCCUCAAUGCCACCACCACCGACAUAGAGGAAAUCGACAAGAUCAUCUCCUAUCUACAGGUGUUCCACUUCUUUGCCAACCCAACAGUGGAUGGCGAACGGAAGAAGGAGGUUUUGAAAGUUGAAGACAUUUAGGGACGCCUAGUUUCAAAGUUCCAACCACUCCCAGCUUUUCAGAGCUUAACCUACAUCUCCGAAAUCUCUUCAUAGCCUCCUAUUCGGAACCCUAAUUUGCUGCCAUGACGGAAUACUGGGUGAGCCAAGGGAACAAAUGGUGUGACUUUUGUAAAAUUUAUAUAUCGAACAAUCCUUCGAGCAUUAGAAAUCAUGAGCUUGGUCAACGCCACAAAGACAAUGUCGCCAAGAGGCUAGCUGUUAUGCGAAAGGAGAAUGCUGCUAAGGAGAAAGAGCAGAAGGAAACAGCUCGCGCCCUUGAGCAAAUUGAAGCCAAAGCACAUCGCAGCUAUCAAAAGGAUAAAGCAAAGUUUGAGGAAACAAGAGAAUUUCAUGAAUUGGAUGACCAAGAAUGGCAGUUCGAUGACAGUUCAGGUUACUACUACCAUAAAACAAAUGGAUUUUGCUAUGAUCCAAAAUCAGGGUUUUACUAUUCUGAAGCUAUAGGGAAGUGGGUGACUCAAGAAGAAGCAUAUGCCUCACCUCAGUUUUCAUCAAAUGCUGGGAUCAGUAGACCAAAUUCAAAGUCUUUGUCAACUUCACAAUCAAAAUCAGUUGAAAAGAAAACAGAAAAUAAAUCUCAAAAUGGACCUUCACCAGGGCCAGUUGUUAGUUCUUCUUUGAAUCCCAAAAGAAAUGUGAAAGGUGCUCCUUCGUCUCUUACUGUUGGCAAGAGAAAGAGACCUGAAGAGAAGUCCAAAGCCAAGGUUAUCUCUGAAGAAGAGAAAGCAGCUCUUAAGGCAAGAGAAGCUGCAAGGAAAAGAGUAGAAGAGAGGGAGAAAUCCUUGCUUGGUUUAUACAAUAAACCUUACUAAGUUUGGGAAAUUACGUUAACACCCUUCCUCCUCACCCUAAAUUUUGUGGGUUAUGUAAUUCUCCAUGUGAUUGUACCUUGUAAAAUUAAAAUGUUCCAUUUCUUUUAUACUUAUAUAUAUUUUUUGGCCAUUUUGCAUGCA